ACGAUGGCUUCUAUCGCUGAGCGGACGUUCAUCGCCAUCAAGCCUGAUGGGGUCCAGCGGGGACUGGUGGGAGAAAUCAUCAAGCGCGGUUCGAGCAGAGGGGCUUCCGGCUGGUGGCCAUGAAGUUCCUGCAGGCCUCUGAAGACCUUCUCAAACAACAUUACAUUGACCUGAAAGACCGACCAUUCUACCCUGGUUUGGUUAAAUACAUGCACUCUGGACCUGUUGUGGCCAUGGUAUGGGAAGGACUCAACGUGGUUAAAACCGGGAGAGUAAUGCUAGGGGAAACAAACCCUGCAGACUCCAAGCCUGGUACCAUCCGUGGUGACUUCUGCAUUCAAGUAGGAAGAAACAUCAUUCACGGCAGUGACUCUGUAGAAAGCGCACAGAAGGAGAUCAACCUGUGGUUCAAACCUGCGGAGCUCAUUGACUUCAAAUCUUGUGCACAUGAUUGGAUCUAUGAGUGAAAUGAGUUUCCACAAUGAAUUGUGCCUUUGUAACAGAUCAUCUCAUUCCAGCUACUGACCUGGGAGCAAUUAUCACCACGGUUAUCUUAGUCAUUUUUCAGCACUGUCAAAUAAAUGGAUGAUACGAACUAA